ACGGCGAGUGGGGAAGGCGUCUGUCAAGCGGCAGACAGUUGAGUGUUUCGCCGCGCUGCUCAAACAAGAUAGCUAAAAAAGAAAAGAAAAAAAAAAUUGUGCCAGAGUGAUUCACAGUUUCGAGUUCCCAUUUUGUACAUGGUGGUAAAUGAGUUCAAUAUUACUGUAAGUGUGGGUAGAAUGUACAGGUGAAACGUUUACCUCAAUGUUAAGGAGGUAAAGAGCUUUCCCAAGCAGCUUAUACUGUACACCCGGAAGUUCUUUCUUUUCCGUGUGUUGCGUGAGCUAAGAAAAUACUAACGAGUGGAAAGUGACAUUUUGGAAAGUUAUUGGAUGCAUUAAUAAUGGGAAAGGAACGUUUUUUGGAGAUCAUCUGCCUCGUCGCCUUGAGUGCACACACAGGAGAGGCCUCGAUUGGGAAGAUCAUCGACAAAGGACUGGAGAUUGGAUACGAACUAUACGAAUAUUUGGGUCUGCGGCCGCCCAUAUUAGGACAGCCCGUGUAUGGAGCACCUGUGUAUGGGCCUCCCGUGUACGGACCUCCCGUGUAUGGGCCUCCUGUGUACGCGUCUCCCGAGCAUCACAGCUACCACGAGGAUGUGGAUUUCCCCGUCAAUCCAGGCACGCUAUGGAACGGCCACAUCCCGGUAGGUGAUUUUGUAUCCCCUAUCGCCCAGGCACUGGGGGCUGGCCAAGGAAGCUACAAUAACCGUGUCGUGAAGGGCUACGAAAACAGACUAGGCCUGAGGAUUGCCCUGCCCUACCUCGGGGACUUCCAGGUCACGCGAGAGCUGGGUCCUGGCAGGUUCCUAGACAAGCUGGGGCCUGGAAAGUUCCCAUAUCCAGGGAUGAAGGGCGCACAGGGUUACGGGCACCAUCACAAAGAUUCAUCUGAGCAUCAUCACAGCUCUUCGCCCCCCGCCAAACAUCCGACGCCCGACAUGUACAAGGGCCUGCAAAACUACCCGUGGCACAGAAGAUAACCGACCUUCCUUAGUGUUGCUGCAGUGGUGGAGUGUUACAAUGGCGCAUGUACGUUACCAUGGCCAAUACGGUGAUGUAACUUACUUUUAAAUGUAGGCAAAGUAUUUAUUGAUAUUUUAGAUACUUUAUUUAUGUUUAUAUCUGUCUGUCUGUCUAUCUGUCUGUCUGUCUGUCUGUCUAUCUACCUGCAUCCUAUAGAUAGAUUGACAGAUAGAUAUAGAUAGAUACAGAUAGAUGGAUAAAGCACGAUACAAGCGAAUUUGUUGCAUCAACCUUGAAAUUGUUUAUCUAAAUUCUCAUUCUUCACACGAUUUCUCAGACAACCAUUCAUUCUGUUAACAAUUAGAACAAUAUAUGCUUAUACACUAAGUUCAGUACGUUGCUCAAGUAAGUUAUACGUAGCUGUGCUGAACUACAAUUAAAUCUUUGAUGCAACAACGAUGCGAGUAUUUAUGCUAUUUUUGUCGGAAACAAUGUAGAAGUUACCACAGGUUUGAAUAAUUUUCUUUUCCCGACAAUGAUUCAUCGAUUUUUCUUCAUUUUAUGUUAAAAUAGGUUAGCAGCUGGCUGCUCCCUACGUAGACUACAGUUAUAUAUUGUGAAACGUAAUAUAUGAUACCUCAGUCAUGCUUAUAAGUUGAGUAACCUACUACACUUAUUUUCACUGUAUUCAGCGCAUGUACUGCACAAUAUUUAAGUUCCCGAACAAUUAGGACAAUUAUGUCACGCCACAUACCACCUCAAAAUAAAAAAAAUAAAAAUACUGCCCAGUUGUAAAGUCUUGAAAAAAAAAAAUUGUAAACGAGAAAGGCACGACUGUUCAAGAAAAAAAUGUGCUACCAGAAAUCAAAACAAUAACAACAAAUCCUAAGUGCAAAA